AGCUUCUCUAGCCUAACAACUGAAUGCCGUGUUGUGUGUUCCGGCCUUUUUUAAUCCAAUGUGUGCUGUUAGUUUGAAUGUACGGCGAAAAUCCCUAAGUCAUAAAGAUGUUGGCAUCUGGAAGAGAUUGUAGAAAGGAUUUUAUUAUCAACACGACAAGCAACUUUUUUGGACUUCAGUCAUCAGAUCCUUCUUUAUCCUCCUUAAAUUCAUGCAGAGAACUAAAUUCAUUUUUAGAUGAUGGAAAUGAAUUUCUUCUAUCUGUUCAACAAACAACUUCUCACCUAGUUAUGUCUAACAAGAUUGAUUCUGAUGUUGACAAAAAUAAAAUACUGGUUUUCUUCAAAUUACGACCCGUGGUGAUAACAGAACAAAACCUUCAUCAUAAUAUUUUAGUGUCUUCCAUGCUGGAUUCACCAGUCAGUACGCUUUAUCAGGCUGUGCGUCAGGUCUUUGCUCCAGUUCUUCUAAAGGAUGAAAAGUGGAGCAGGAAUUUUGACCCUAAGCUUCAGAAUCUAUUGAGUGAACUUGAAAAUGGGUUAGGAUCUGUUAUAAGAAGAUCAGAUCCAACUUACAGUGGACAAAACCUUAGAAAUGAAGAUGAUACCUUUGGCAUUCUAACCCCUUCUGAUGAGUUCCAGUUUUGGGCUGAACUUUCACAAGCAUCUUCCAAGUCUACCCAGAGAGAACGGGCCACAUAUUUUUAUAGCCUUUUCCAGCCAAUUGCAAAGGAUUAUGACAGCCUGGACAGUUUGUCCUUAGUUGAUGUUCUAGAUUUGAUUGAUACGACUAGGGAUAGGGUGGAUGACAUCUGGAGGCAAACAGACUAUGAUCCUUACCCAGAGUUACGAAUGCAGCAUCUUUUGGAUAUUAUAGGUGCUGCAUUGGGCAGAUUUGUCCAGAAGAAACUGGGAUCAAUUGAUCUAUGGGAAGAUUCAUUCCAUACUGUAAAAGAGAAUCUGCGAGUUGGAAUUUCUGUUUGUGAGCAGUGGGUAGAAGUUUGUGACCAUUUGACAGGACAGUUGUGGCGACGCUACACACCCCACCAGUGGCACAAUGACAAGUAUUACCCUGAAGGUUUGGAGGGCUUGGCUAAACGACUGGAAGAGAUCUUGAUGAUUCGAACUGUACAUGAAAAACUUGUCCGUCUGUUGCCCAAAGACAACAAGCAGGCACUGUCUCCAUCUCGUGUAUUUGAACCCUUUUCUGCUCUUAAUGCUCUGCACUAUAAUCCAUACACACAGCCCUUGUGGAAAGCUGCUGUACUGCAGUACGACCGAACUAUUGCACCUGCGGAGCAGAAGAUAGUUAGCAAACUGAAAGCCUGUUUUCUGGAUGUCCAGGGUAAUCCACAACAGUUACUUCAGGCAUUUCAAAAAUAUAAAGAACUCAUUAAACGACCAAGUAUUAGUAAAGAAUUAGUUUCUGAAAGGGAGACAUUGCUAGCAAGACUUCUCGACUAUGCUAAAGGUAUUCGCACUGACUUUGACAAUCGGAGUCAUGGGGUUCCAGGAGAAAAAUCUGGUCCACUGGCUGGUAGAAAUCUUCCUGAAGUUGUCAAUAAUAUUGUUUGGGUUAGGCAGCUAAUACUAAAGGUAGAUGAAGCAACUAAAAUUGCCGGGUCACUGCUUAAAGAUUUACCAGCACACCAGGCAUUUGAAAAGUUUGGAGGUGAACUGCAGGAACAGUUAAUGACAUAUGAACAAGAUCAAUUUGAUGACUGGUGUCGAGAGGUUCAAUCUGGACUUUCUGAUCCUAAAUCUGGCAUGAGCUUACAGGCAAGCAGUCGUGUUAUGGAGCUCGAUCAUAUGGAUGGAAAACUAAAAAUACAGUAUUCUGAUCGGGUUAUAUCUCUUCUGCGAGAAGUGAGGCAACUUACUGAACUGGGAUUUUCAAUUCCAGCUAAAAUUCAUCAAGCUUCUAAAACAGCAGAAAAAUUUUAUAAACAGGCAUUGAUACUAAAACAGGUGGCUCAUUUUUACAACACAAUUGAUGAACAGAUGAUUCCAAGUCAGAAACCAAUGAUGUUAAAUUAUGCAUUAGCUUUUGAACAGAUCAUAAAGAAUCCUAAGGCUCAGUCCAAAGAGUCAGGUGGAGCAGUGCAGAUAACAUGGGAUAAUCCUAAAGAACUGGAUGCCUACAUUCAAAAACUUCAAAAUGCAACAGAGCGCCUGUCUACAGAGAAUAGAAAACUACGGAAGUGGCAUACAGACUUCAAUGAGAAGGUUGUUGCUCUCAUGUCGGUUGAUUUGCUUCGGCAUCAGCAAAAAUGGAAAGAUGGACUACAGGAAUUAAGAGCUGUGUUGGCAAAUCUAGAAGCACAGGGUUUUCGUCCUAGUGACAUGAAAGCAUGGAAGCAGCAUUGGAACCACCAACUAUACAAAGCCUUAGAGCAUCAGUAUCAAAUGGGUUUGGAGGCACUAAAUGAGAAUUUGCCAGAAAUUAACAUUGAUUUAACUUUUAAACAAGGUAGACUGCAAUUCAGACCUCCUUUUGAAGAAGUUCGUGCUAAAUAUUUCAGGGAACUGAAGAGGUUCAUAUCCAUUCCCAAUCAGUUUAGGGGAGUGAGUGAACAAGGAGAGGAAACUAUUUUCUCAAUCAUGAUUGACAGAAAUGCCAGUGGUUUUAUAACAAUUUUUAAAAAAGCUGAGGAUCUCUUCAAGAGGCUUUCAACAGUUCUUGAAAAAUUCAAGGAAUGGGUUGUUAUUGGUCAAGUUGACAUUGACACAUUGAUAGAAAAACACCUGCAUACUGUAGAAGACUGGGAAAGGAACUUUAAGGCACUAAAAGCAAAAGGAAAAGAAUCAGAACGCUUACCAAGUACAGAGAGGGUGGACUGUAUCACAAUUAAUUGCAACCCUGUAAAGGCGGUGAUCGAUGAUUUAUUUCAGAGGUUAUUUGACGCUCUUCUUGUGUCUUUGAAGAAAUCAAUUCAAGCUAACAUGCAAGACAUUGACACAUUUGUUACCCAAGCAAUGGAAGAGCUGUCAUCCAGACCUCAAACUGUGGAUGAAAUUGGUCUGGCAAAUUCCAAGCAUGCAGAAUUGCAAGUUAAGAAACCUGAAAUUUUGCCUUUAUUUCAAGAGGCAGAAGAUAAAAAUCGCCUCUUACGGUCUGUAGCUGGUGGAGGCCUUGAAACCAUAAGCACUCUAAAGGCAAAAUGGGAUAAAUUGGAACUUAUGAUGGAAAGUCAUCAGCUUAUGAUUAAAGAGCAGAUUGAGGUCAUGAAGGCAAAUGUUGAAUCCCGCAUCAAAGUGUACGAACAAGAACUUGAAAAAUUUAAAGCUCGCUGGGAUCAGUUAAAGCCCAAUGAUGAUGUUAUAGACACUGGUGAUGAAGAAACUCUUCAAAAGUGUAUUGAGACAAUAAAAGAAAAAAGAGUUAUGUUUGAUGAGCUUGAAAGUACAAGGAAGAAACUAAUAGAAGACUGUCAUCAUUUUGAGUUGGAAGAACCUGAUUUUUCUCUGGCAGAUGAAAUUGGAAAGGACAUUCAAGACUUAUCAGUGAUGUGGUCAUUUUAUGAGGAAUUUCAGAACGGUUUUAGUGAAAAGACAAAGGAAGACUGGAUUACUUUUCGGAGUAAAUAUUACAUUUUUGAAGAGUUUCUUUUAAUGUGGCAUGAGAGGCUAAGAAAACAAGAGGAGCAGACAAUAAUGACUGUGAAACUGCAGAAAAAAAUUGAUCAAUACAAGUUAGUGGUUCCUGUGUUAAAGUAUGUCAGAGGUGAAAAUCUUUCGUCAGAUCACUGGCUAGACCUCUUCCGUCUCUUGGGGUUACCCAGAGGCACCACUCUGGAAAAACUUUUGUUUGGAGAUCUGCUCAGAGUAUCAGAUGCCAUCAUUGCAAAGGCAGCAGAGCUAAAAGAUCUGAAUAGCCGUGCCCAGGCUGAAGUCACUAUACGAGAGGCAUUACGUGAACUUGAGCUUUGGGGAGCAGGCACAGUUUUUACGUUAACUGAUUAUGAAGACAGUCACAACAAAACCAUCAAACUCAUCAAGGACUGGAAAGAUAUAGUUAAUCAAGUGGGAGACAAUCGCUGUCUCCUACAGUCUUUAAAAGAUUCUCCCUAUUACAAAUUCUUUGCUGAUAAAGUGUCAUUAUGGGAGUCAAAGCUAGCUGAACUGGAUGAGUACCUACACAACUUGAAUCAGAUCCAAAGGAAAUGGGUUUAUUUAGAGCCAAUUUUUGGUCGUGGAGCUCUUCCAAGAGAGCAGGCCCGAUUCAAGAGAGUUGAUGAGGAUUUCAGAUCGAUUAUGGUUGAUGUCCAAAGGGACAACAGAGUCACUUCACUUAAUGCAAGAGCUGGAAUCAGAAACUCUCUAAUAACUAUUUUAGAUCAGCUGCAGAGAUGCCAGAAAUCUUUAAAUGAAUUUUUGGAGGAAAAACGUUCAGCGUUCCCUCGAUUUUAUUUUAUUGGAGAUGAUGAUUUGUUGGAGAUCUUGGGUCAAGCCACUAACCCUACUGUUAUACAGUCUCACUUAAAAAAACUGUUUGCAGGUAUCAACAGCGUGGAUUUUGAUGAAGACUUUCAACAUAUUAUUGCAAUGAAGUCCUUGGAGGGUGAAGUGGUAUCUUUAAAAAAUAAGAUUCGUGUGUCAAAUGAUGUUGAGGUCUGGCUAAGUGAGUUGGCUGCUGAAAUGAAGCAGACUUUGAAACAACUGCUAGUAGAGUGCAUUGCAGCGGGCAAAAGAACUGGCAUUGAUCCUUCACAGUUUCCAUCACAGAUUCUUUGCUUAGCUGAACAAAUUCAGUUCACAGAAGAUGUUGAAAAUGCCAUAAAGGGCCAAAAUCUCCAGCAGUUAGAUGUGGAAUUGAUGGCUAAACUGGAGCAUUACACCAGUGUAGGAAGCAGCAAUGAUGGAACUGGCAAUACUGAUUCAGGUGUUUUACAGUUGAAACUGAAGGCACUUAUUCUUGAUAUCAUUCACAACAUUGAUGUUGUAAAGCAGCUUAUAUCAGUACAGAUAAACAGUAAAGAUGAAUGGAUAUGGAAGAAACAGCUACGGUUUUAUAUGAGAGAGGGGAAUAAUUGCCACAUUCAAAUGGUAGAUGCCGAAUUCCUCUACACCUAUGAAUACCAGGGUAAUGCACCAAAGCUGGUGCAUACGCCAUUGACAGACAAGUGCUACUUAACUCUGACACAAGCAAUGAAGAUGGGAUUAGGAGGCAAUCCUUAUGGCCCUGCUGGAACAGGAAAAACAGAGUCUGUAAAGGCUCUGGGUGGACUGUUUGGAAGACAAGUUCUUGUUUUCAAUUGUGAUGAGGGCAUUGAUGUGAAGUCUAUGGGACGAAUUUUUGUUGGCUUGGUAAAAUGUGGAGCCUGGGGAUGCUUUGAUGAGUUUAAUCGUCUCGAAGAGGCUGUGCUGUCUGCUGUUUCUAUGCAGAUACAGUCUAUUCAGAAUUCCCUUAAAAAUCAAAGGAGUACCUGUGAACUUCUCAACAAAGAGAUAGAGCUAGAUCCGAACUCUGGAAUUUUCAUAACUUUGAAUCCAGCUGGGAAGGGCUAUGGAGGAAGGCAGAAACUUCCAGACAAUCUUAAACAACUUUUCAGACCUGUAGCAAUGUCACGUCCUGACAACGAGCAAAUUGCAGAAGUAAUACUUUACUCAGAAGGUUUUAAAGAUGCCAAACUUUUAGGCAGGAAACUAGUUGCUAUCUUUAAUCUUUCCAGGGAAUUAUUAACUCCACAGCAGCAUUAUGAUUGGGGGUUGAGAGCUUUGAAAACCGUCCUUCAAGGUUGUGGAAGUUUGUUACAGCAGCUCAAGAAAGAGGAAUUAAAGAAGAAAGCGAAUGAAAGUAACAUUGUUGUGCAGGCUUUGCGCCUGAAUACAAUGUCCAAGUUGACGUUUGCAGACUGCUCUCGGUUUGAUGCUCUGGCUAGAGAUGUAUUCCCAGGGGCUGACUUUAAAGAUGUGCAAUACGAAAAACUAAGCACAGCAUUGCAAGCUGUCUUUGAGGAAGCAAAAUUGGAAGUAAUUCCAAGUCAGAUUAAAAAGGCUUUGGAGCUUUAUGAACAGUUGCGGCAGAGAAUGGGCGUGGUGAUCGUGGGCCCAAGUGGUGCUGGAAAGUCAACCCUUUGGCGCAUGUUGCGAGCUGCCCUUGGAAAAAUUGGAAAGGUUGUUAAGCAAUACACAAUGAAUCCUAAAGCGAUGCCAAGGCAACAGCUUUUGGGCCACAUUGACAUGGAUACCAGGGAGUGGUCAGAUGGCGUUUUGACUAGUAGUGCAAGGCAGGUGGUGCGUGAGCUUCCAGAGGUCAGCUCAUGGAUAAUUUGUGAUGGUGAUAUUGAUCCAGAGUGGAUUGAGAGUUUGAACUCUGUGCUGGAUGACAACAGGUUGCUUACAAUGCCCAGUGGGGAGAGAAUUCAGUUUGGCCCAAAUGUGAACUUUGUAUUUGAAACUCAUGACCUCAGCUGUGCCUCACCAGCCACUAUAUCUAGAAUGGGAAUGAUUUUUUUGAGUGAUGAAGACACGGAUGUUAAUUCUCUUCUUAAAUCAUGGUUAAAAAGUCAGCCAGAUGAGUGCCGAAAUAAUCUUGAAAACUGGAUUGGAGACUAUUUUGAAAAAGCUUUAGAUUGGGUUUUGAAACAGAAUGACCUUGUUGUGGAUACAACCCUUGUUGGCACAGUAAUGAAUGGCUUAUCACAUCUUCAUGGUGUAAAGGAAAGAGGACAGUUUAUCAUCAGUCUAAUAAGAGGUCUUGGUGGUAACCUUCAUUUGAAGUCGCGUCAGGAAUUUGCUAAAGAGAUUAUGAGCUGGGCACGUGAAAGCCCACCAGAUCCUCGUAAGCCUCUGGACACCUAUUAUGACCAACAAACAGGUCGUCUCAUGUCAUACAUAUUAGAAAAGACAGAUACCUUAUCUAUUGAGGAUUUCAGUAACCCCCAGAAACUCCCUGUUAUCAGAACACCUGAUAUGCAGAGAAGUCUAGAUUAUUUCAAACAAUGGCUUGGACCCGAAAAUAGGCAACCUUUCAUUCUGGUUGGCCCUGAAGGCUGUGGAAAGGGGAUGCUGUUGCGCUAUGCCUUCUCUCAGCUAAGGUCCACACAAGUGGCAACAGUUCACUGUAGUGCACAGACUUCUUCUCGGCAUAUUUUGCAGAAGUUAACUCAGACCUGUCUGAUAGUCAGCUCUAACACUGGACGUGUAUACAGACCUAAAGACUGCGAACGCCUAGUUUUAUAUUUAAAAGAUAUCAACUUACCAAAACCAGACAAAUGGGGAACAAGCAACUUAAUAGCAUUCAUUCAACAGGUCUUGACUUAUCAUGGGUUUUAUGAUGAGAAUCUUGAAUGGGUUGGUCUGGAGAAUAUUCAGGUUGUAGCAUCAAUGUCAGCUGGUGGCUCAGUAGGAAGACAUUGUCUAACAACCAGAUUCACUUCAAUUGUCCGUAUCUGUACAAUAGACUACCCUGACAGAGAACAGUUGCAAACUGUUUACAGUGCUUAUCUUCAACCAGUUCUACACAGAACACUAAAGAACCACCACUCUUGGGGCUCACCAGGAAAAAUUCACCAGUUGGCAGCAUCCAUGGUGCAUGUAUAUGAGCAGGUUGUAGCAAAAUUUACAGUGGAUGACUACAGUCACUAUCUCUUCACUCCAUGUAUUUUAACACAAUGGGUACUAAGCUUAUUUCGAUAUGAUCUAACUGAAGGUGCAACACACAACUCUGCAGAUCUUGUCCUUGAAGUAGUUGCUUAUGAAGCUUGCCGUCUUUUCAGAGACCGUAUUGUUAGUACAAAAGAUAUCAAUACAUUUGACAAUAUUUUGUCAUCAGUCAUUCGUGGAGACUGGGGUUCUGACAUUUUGGAUAACAUGACAGAUAGUUAUUAUGUAACUUGGGGAGCACAUGAGCCUGGAACAAUUAUUGCACCUGGACAGCCUUUACCCCCCCAUGGAAAACCUUUGGGUAGACUAAACACUGCAGAUUUGACAGAAGUCAUUCGCAAGGGUAUAAUUCAGUAUGGUAGGGAUAAUAGGGAAUUGGAUAUCUUGCUUUUCCGGGAAGUUCUGGAAUACAUGGCUAGGGUGGACAGAGUUCUCAGUUGCCCUGGAGGAUCUCUUCUGUUAGCUGGACGUAGUGGGGUUGGACGUCGAACUGCUACUUCUGUUGUCAGUCACAUGCAUGGAGCCACACUGUUUACUCCUAAGAUCACUAGGGGUUAUGGUUUAAAACAGUUUAAAAAUGAUCUUAAGCAGGUGAUGCAACUCACUGGAAUUGAGGGACAGCAAGUGGUCUUUCUCCUCGAAGACUAUCAGUUUGUUCACCCAUCAUUUCUUGAAAUGGUCAACAGUCUUCUAUCUUCUGGUGAGGUUCCAGGAUUGUACACCACUGAAGAACUGGAGCCUUUGAUGUUGCCUCUGAAAGAUUUAGCAUCACAAGAUGGUUUCAUUGGGCCUAUAUUUAACUAUUUUGCUCACAGAGUGCAGCAAAACCUUCAUAUAAUUUUAAUCAUGGACUGCACCAAUUCUACCUUUACCCUCAACUGUGAGAGCAAUCCAGCCCUCUACCGAAAGUGCUCAGUGCAGUGGAUGGAAACCUGGUCUGAUAAGAGUAUGAGGAAGAUACCUGAAAUGCUGCUUUUGAAAAAUGAGGGCCAUGAAGAGAAGAAUGACAAAAGAAAUGAGCCAAAAAGAAAUCAUUCCGGACACAGUGACUUUACAAAAUCGUUUCUGGUAAUCCAUGAGUCUUGCAAGGAAUAUGGUGCAACUCCUAGUCGCUAUAUGACAUUUCUUCAUCUGUACAUCACGCUUUAUAGCAGCAAGAAAACAGAAUUGAUAAAAAGGCAGAGCCAUUUACAAGCUGGAAUUUCUAAGCUAAAUGAAGCCAAAGCUCUUGUAGAUGAAUUGAAGCAAAAAGCUGCCGAGCAGAGUACCUUGCUGAAAACCAAACAAGCAGAGGCUGAUGCAGCUCUGCAAGAGACAACAGUGUCAAUGCAGAGUGCAAGUGAUCAGAAAGCUGAAAUGGAAAAAUUAAAAUACAAAAUUGCUGAGGAGGUUGCUAAAAUUGAAGAAAGAAAAGCCAAAAUUGAAGAUGAGCUUAAAGAAGUACAGCCCCUUGUAGAUGAAGCCAAACAAGCUGUUGGAAACAUAAAACCAGAGUCUCUGUCUGAAAUUAGGUCACUGCGCAUGCCACCAGAUGUGAUUCGUGAUAUCCUUGAAGGAGUGCUUAGACUGAUGGGAAUUUUUGAUACAUCUUGGGUUAGCAUGAAAAGUUUUCUAGCAAAGAGAGGAGUUCGAGAGGAUAUUGUUACUUUUGAAGCACGAAAUAUCACAAAAGAAAUUCGGGAGAGUGUUGAAGAACUUCUUUAUAAAAACAAGGCAUCAUUUGACCCCAAAAAUGCAAAGCGAGCUAGUGCAGCAGCUGCUCCCCUAGCUGCCUGGGUGAAAGCAAAUGUGCAGUACUCUCAUGUUCUAGAGCGGAUUCAACCCCUGGAAAAGGAACAAGCAGGUUUAGUUAACAAUUUGAAAAAAACAGAAGACAGAAGAAGAGUACUAGAAGAUCAGCUGAAUUCUUUGGGUCAGAAAGUUACAGAGCUUAAAGAAAAGUUUCAGUUAAGAACAACAGAAGCUGCCAAACUUGAAGCUGAAGUUAGCAAAGCUCAAGAAACCAUCGAGACAGCUGAAAAACUUAUCCACCAACUUGAUGGAGAGCAUAAAAGAUGGAAUGCCCAGGUGAAAGAAAUGACGGAGGAGCUUGAUACUUUGCCUAUGAGAGCACAACUUGCUUCUGCGUUUAUUACAUACUUAUCUGCAGCCCCUGAGGAUCAGAGGAAGGGCAGCUUAGAUGAGUGGAUGAAGUUAUCAGGCCUUCAAAAGUUUGAUCUCAGACAUUUUCUUUGCACCGAAAGUGAACAGCUUACCUGGAAGAGUGAAGGGCUGCCAUCAGAUGACUUGUCCAUGGAGAAUGCACUUGUUAUUUUGCAGAGCUCUGCCUGUCCAUUUUUGAUAGACCCUUCAUCACGUGCUACUGAGUGGUUGAAGAUACAUCUGAAAGAGUCAAGACUAGAAAUUAUUAACCAACAGGACUCCAACUUUAUUACAGCUUUGGAACUUGCAGUACGCUUUGGAAAAACACUUAUUAUACAAGAGAUGGAUGGUGUUGAACCAGUGCUGUACCCUUUGCUAAGAAAGGAUCUCAUUGCUCAAGGUCCUCGGUAUGUGGUUCAGAUUGGAGAUAAAGUCAUUGAUUACAAUGAAGAAUUCCGUUUGUUUCUUGCAACUCGUAAUCCAAACCCUUUAAUUCCUCCUGAUGCUGCCUCUGUAGUCACAGAAGUCAACUUUACUACCACUCGAGCUGGCCUAAGAGGACAGCUCCUAGCUUUAACAAUCCAGCAUGAGAAACCAGACCUGGAAACACAGAAAACUAAGCUUCUACAGCAAGAAGAAGAAAAAAAGAUUCAGUUGGCUAAACUUGAAGAAUCACUUUUAGAGGCUCUAGCAACAUCUCAAGGGAAUAUUUUGGAAAACAAAGGCUUGAUUGAAUCAUUAAAUCAAACCAAAGCAAGCAGUGCACUCAUCCAAGAAUCUCUUUCCGAGUCUCAUCGGUUGCAGGUUUUUCUAGACCAGGAAAGAGAUGCCUAUCUUCCAUUAGCAGAAAUUGCCAGCAAGAUGUACUUCAUUAUAUCUGACUUAUCCAAAAUUAAUAACAUGUACCGCUUCAGUCUGGCAUCAUUUUUAAGACUCUUCCAGAGAGCCUUGCAAAGCAAAAAGGAAUCUGAAAAUGCAAGUGUUAGAAUCUCAUCUCUGAUUGACAUUUUGAAAUAUACCCUUUAUGAAUAUGUAUGUCGGUCUUUGUUUAAGGCUGAUCAACUUAUGUUUGCUCUUCAUUUUGUGCGGGGGAUGAAUCCAGAGCUCUUCCAAGAAAAUGAAUGGGAUGCAUUAACUGGACUGAUAGUUGGUGAUAUGAUAAGAAAAAUGGAUUCUCAAAAGUCUCAGAAAGACCAAAUCCCAUCAUGGAUUGACCAAGAAAGAAAAGCUGCAGUGAGUUUAUUCAAGAACACGUUUCCUUCUUUAUAUCAGAGUUUAUGUCUUGAUGAUGCAGCACUCUGGCAACAUUUUUCUCAGAGUUCCACAUGUGAACAAGACUUCCCAGCUUCUAUUUCUAAAAAAAUUACAUUGUUUCAACAGGUCUUGGUGGUUCAAACAAUCAGACCAGAUAGACUUCAAAGUUCCAUGGCUUUCUUUGCAUCACAUAGCCUAGGGAUGAAAGAGCUCUCACCUCCUCCUUUGAAUCUGAAAAGACUGUAUAAGGAGACAAUAGAAAUUGAACCAAUUUUAAUCAUAAUUUCUCCUGGAGCAGAUCCUUCACAGGAACUUCUGGAACUUGCCACUGAGACCAUCGGCAGAGAGUGCUACCAUGAGGUGGCUAUGGGCCAAGGUCAAGCUGAUAUUGCCAUCCAGACUCUCAAAGAAUGUGCACGUAAUGGAGAAUGGCUUUGUUUGAAGAACCUGCAUUUAGUUACAGCUUGGCUUCCAGUUUUAGAAAAGGAACUAAAUAUUCUAAAGCCAAAAUCCAAUUUCCGUUUAUGGCUAACAGCUGAGGUUCACCCCAAAUUCACACCUAUAUUGCUCCAGUCCAGUUUAAAGAUUACAUAUGAGGCACCUCCAGGUUUGAAAAAAAACCUUCUGAGAACUUACGAAUCAUGGACUCCAGAACAGAUAAGCCACAAAGGCCUUGUGUCUAGAGCUCAGUCUCUGUUCUGUUUGGCAUGGUUCCAUGCUGUGUGCCAAGAAAGAAGAAAUUAUAUUCCCCAAGGCUGGACCAAAUUCUAUGAGUUUUCACUGUCAGAUCUGCGUGCAGGGUUUGAAAUCAUUGACAGACUGUUUGAAGGAACACAAGAUUUCCAGUGGGAUUUUGUACAUGGUUUACUAGAAAAUGCUAUUUAUGGAGGUCGUAUUGAUAAUAUCUUUGACCUGCGCAUUUUGCGUUCCUAUUUGGAACAAUUUUUCAACUCAAGGGUCAUAGCAGGGUCUAAUUCUAGAAGCAGGAAGAUGUCCCCAUUCCCUUCUCAAGUCAACCUUCCAAACUCUUGCAGCAUUGUAGACUAUCGCAAUGUUAUUGAGAGUUUACCUGAAGAUGACAAGCCUGGAUUUCUUGGUCUACCUGCCAACAUAGAUCGCUCAUCACAACGCAUCAUCAGUUCUCAGGUAAUUUCCCAACUGCGAAUCCUAAACAGAUCAGUCACAGCUGGCUCUAAGUUCGACAGGGAAAUUUGGACAAACGAGCUUUCCCCAGUCCUUAACCUCUGGAAAAAGCUUAAUACGGGCUCAGCACUCAUACAUCAGAAAGUCUUGCCUCCAAGUGAAAGGCAGGGCUCCCCAGUUCUGUCUUUUAUAAUUCUUGAGCAGUUUAAUGCUAUCCGCCUGGUGCAGAGCAUUCAUCAGUCCCUGGCAGCACUCAGCAAAGUUAUCAGAGGAACUUCCCUGCUGACUUUGGAGGUUCAAACACUUGCCACAGCACUUCUAAACCAAGAGUGUCCAAUUAACUGGCAGAACAAGUGGGAAGGGCCAGAAGAUCCAAUGCAGUACCUUAGAGCCGUUGUUGCCAGAGCUUUAGCUAUUCAGAGCUGGGUUGAAAAGGCAGAAAAACAGACUUUACUAUCUGAUACUCUUGAUCUAUCAGAAUUAUUUCAUCCUGAUACUUUCCUUAAUGCUCUAAGACAAGAUACAGCAAGAACAAUGGCCUGCUCAAUGGACAAUUUAAAAUGUAUUGCAUCCUGGAAGGGCAAAAUUACAGAAGCUAAACUCCAGGUUAAGAUUGGUGGCUUACAACUGGAAGGAUGCAGCUUUGACGGAAACCGGCUUUCAGAAAGCCAGCAUGAUUCUCCCAGUGUGUCUGCUGUGCCCCCUUGUUAUAUGGCCUGGAUUUCUCAGGAUGCACGUGGACCUUAUUCUCCAGGAGACUGCAUUUCAUUGCCUUUGUACAGCAGUGCAGAACGACUUCGUGUAGUCAGCAACGUUGAUGUUCCUUGUGGAGGCAACACAGAACACUGGAUUCAGUGUGGAGCAGCACUUUUCUUAAAGCAACAGUAGCUUCUUCAAAGCCGUCUUUCCUCUUUUGGAGCCAUCAUGAUAUACUGGAUAAAAUAUUUUUAUAAUGUAAAUGUUGUCGUACAGUAUCUAAUAACUACCUGUUAUCAGGUUCUUUUAAAGGGACCAGUUGUAAUCUAAAUGUAGUAAUUCUAAUUUAUUAUAAUGUCAUUUAGCCAAACUCAUCAGAAAUACUGCACUUUUAAUAGUACGUUUCUAUAUUCUGUUUUUGAAAAAAAUAAAAAUAAAAUUUAAUUAUUAGCUGUGUGAAGACAAAAUAUAUUGUUGCAUUUUACUUCUUUAAAUGCACAUUACCAAAGGUGGCUUUUAUUACCAUGACUUUAAAUCACUUGAAGAUUUGACAUCUUUGCUUUCAACAAUUCAAAAACUAGACAAGAAUAAUUUAUUAAGAGAAGAUAAUUUGGGCUAUGAAGUCAAAAUACAUUAUUUUUUGUAACUCUGCAAAUUUAUUGUAUGAAUCAUUUUCUUAGUAUUAAUAAAUGUAAAAGAGCAGCA